AUGGGCGAAUAUCAAUCAUCCCAAUCCAUGCGGCGGCCCAAUUUCCUGGUCAUCGUCGCCGAUGAUCUCGGUUUCAGCGAUUGCAGUUGUUUCGGUUCUGAAAUCUCGACGCCCAACAUCGACGCACUCGCCGCAGAUGGCGUGCGCUUCACAUCGUUCCACGUCGCGGCGGCGUGCUCACCGACGCGCGCCAUGCUGAUGACGGGCACCGAUCACCAUCUGACUGGCCUCGGGCAGCUGUCGGAGUUUGUGCGUUCGUCACCCGCACAUCAGGGACAACCCGGUCACGAAGGUUACCUGGUCGACAGCGUGGUGGCUCUCCCAGAGUUGCUUCGCGACGCCGGCUAUUUUAAUGUCCUGUCUGGCAAGUGGCACCUGGGUCUGAACAAGAAACAUGGGCCGGCAGCUCGGGGGUUCGAUCGAUCGUUCGCACUGCUGCCGGGCUGCGCAAAUCAUUACGGGCAUGAACCCCAAUAUGAAGAUGCCGUCAACGAACCUCCCCCCUUCAUGGAGACGGCGGUGACGGGUCUUCACUCCGAGAACGGCGAAUACGUCAAGAACACCCCCAAGGAUUUCUAUUCCUCCGACUUUUAUUCAGACAAGCUGAUCGAGUAUCUCUCUUCACGAAACGAGGAAGAGCAGGCCAAGCCUUUCUUUGCAUACCUGCCCUUUUCCGCUCCACACUGGCCGCUCCAGGCACCGAAAGCCUCCGUCGACAAGUAUCGAGGGCUGUACAGUGAUGGACCGGCCGCCCUGCGCGAACGACGCCUCGCCAAACUCAAGGAGAUGGGUCUGGUCGCACAGGACGUCGUCCCUCACGAGGUCGUCACCGUGGAAGGCGAGCCGCCGGAGUGGUCCCAGAUGGUUCCUGAAGAGCGAGAGAAAUCGGCGAGAUGCAUGGAAGUGUUCGCCGGCAUGGUCGAUCGCAUGGACGAAAGAAUCGGCAAGGUGAUCAACCAUCUAAAGGAGACCGAUCAGUACGACAACACCUACAUCAUGUUCAUGUCGGACAAUGGGGCAGAGGGGGCUAGCUACGAGGCGUCACCCGUGCUGGGCGAUUCCCUGAUCCCGCACAUCCAGAAAUACUACGACAACUCUCUGGACAACAUUGGCCGGGCCAACUCUUUCGUCUGGUACGGGUCGAGGUGGGCACAGGCCUCCACGGCGCCGGGGCGGUUGUACAAGAUGUAUUCCACGGAAGGCGGGUGCCGGGUGCCCUUGGUCGUCAAGCCGGCCGUGAGCGACCUGAGAUGCGCCGGGUCCGUCACGGACGCCUUUUGCACGGUCAUGGACGUCGUGCCCACCAUUCUCGAGCUCGGUGGCACCAAGCACCCGGGCGGCGUCUACCGCGGUCGAAAGGUGCAGCAGGUGCGCGGCAAGAGCUGGGGUUCGUUCUUGGACAGCCUCACGCAGUCCGACGAUAUCCGGAACCUCACCAUCCACGACGACGAACACGUCACGGGCUGGGAAAUCUGUGGCAGCGGCGCCCUCCGCAAAGGCCGCUACAAGAUCACCUUUGUUCCUCGGCCUCGUGGUCCACAGCGGUGGGAGCUCUUUGACGUCGUCGGCGACCCUGGCGAGACCCGAGAUAUUGGUCCCGAGAACCCUGAACUGUUGGCCACGCUGCUCGAGGCGUGGGACAAGUACAAAAAGGAUGUGGGUGUGGUCGGACUGGCCGGCGAAUUUGACCAAGCAGAGCAACCCGUGGACGAAUUCGAGGACUUCGGAAAAUGCAUCAGGUUCGUCGGUAAAGAUCCGUCUCUGGUGCCGGAGAACCUUCGUCACCUUGUGCCCACUUGA